AUGGCUCCGGCUCGUAACAAGGCCAUCUCCGAAGACGUACGAAAGUUGCUGAGCGCCGGUAUUAUAAGAGAGGUACGUUACCAAACCUGGGUCUCCAAUCCAGUGAUGGUAACCAAGAAGGACAAAACCUGGAGGAUGUGCGUUGAUUUUUCCGAUCUAAACAAUGCGUGCCCGAAGGAUUGCUAUCCUUUACCGGAGAUUGAUUUAAAGAUAGACUCCCUCUCAAGUUUCCGUCUCAAAUGCUUCCUAGAUGCGUAUAAGGGUUAUCAUCAAAUCCAAAUGGCUUCGGAGGACGAAGAUAAGACCGCGUUUGUAACAAAUGAGGGUCUGUUUUGUUAUACUAAAAUGCCAUUCGGUUUAAAAAACGCCGGAGCCACGUACCAGAGGUUAAUGGAUAAAGCGUUCAAAGAUCAGAUCGGAAGAAACUUGGAGAUCUAUGUCGAUGACUUAGUCAUAAAAAGCCGGGCCGAAGACGACAUGAUAGAUGACAUACUCGAGACCUUUACAAGGCUUCGGAGUAUCAACCUAAAACUCAAUCCCAAAAAGUGCUCUUUCGGCUUGGAAGAGGGAAAAUUCCUCGGGGUGUGGGUUACACGAUCCGGAAUCCAGGCGCAUCCUGAUAAAAUCAAAGCGGUAGUCUCCAUGCAGCCUCCUAAAACCAUCAAAGAGAUCCAAUCUCUAAAUGGAAAACUCGUCGCCCUUCACCGUUUUGUUUCAAAAGCGGCAGAUCGUUCCAUCCCUUUCAUGAAUGUAUUAAAACAGCGAACGACAAAAGGCCAAAUAGAGUGGACGUCAGAAGCAGACUCGGCAUUUCAGGAGUUAAAGGUAUGCCUCGGGUCCUUACCCACUUUGACCGCACCAGCUACCGGAGAAACUGUCACGGUAUAUCUAUCUGCGUCCCACUUUGCGAUAAGUGCAGUACUCGUAGUACACCGGAACCAGGCACAAAUCCCGGUCUAUUACGUAAGCCGUAUCCUGAAAGACUAUGAAACUCGGUACCCGAUGAUCGAAAAAUUGGCACUCGCUUUGGUACAUGCUUCCAGACGCCUCCGAAGAUACUUCCAAGCUUUCAAUAUAGAAGUAAAGACUGAUCUCCAGAUCCAGCAAAUCCUCAGGAAGCCAGAGGUCUCCGGACGUCUCACCAAAUGGGCAAUAGAGCUCAGUGCCUUUGAUAUCACCUAUCGUACCAGAGGUCCAGUAAAAGGACAGACAGUAGCAGAUUUCCUCCCCGAGGUCCCGACCGGAGAAAGCAUCAAGGAAAAACCCAUCUUACCGAAGGUAUGGAACCUGUAUACAGACGGGGCCUCCAGUAAAGAAGGGUCGGGAGCAGGGUUAAUCCUAAUAGAUCCGGAGGGAAUAGAGUACACUUAUGCGCUGCGUUUUGAAUUUAAGACGUCAAACAAUGAAGCAGAAUAUGAGGCUCUCCUUGCAGGCCUGCAAACCGCAGCCAAAGCAGGUGCAACCUCCGUAUUAGCUCAUGUCGAUUCACUAUUGGUAGCCAACCAGGUCAGCGGCGAGUACGAGGCACGAGAAGAUAAUAUGGUUCGGUAUCUUCAGCAGGUCAACAGUUUAAUCUCCUCUUUCGAUUCCUGCAAAAUAGUGCACAUACCGAGGAGCAAAAACAAAAAAGCCGAUGCUUUGAGCAAACUGGCAUCCGUGGCAUUCUGUCAUUUAUCAAAAGAGGUCCUAGUCGAGACCCUGCAGAUUCCGGCCAUCCAACAGACGAAGCCAGUUAUGUCAAUUUCCAUGUCCGAAAAGUCUUGGAUGACUCCCAUCGUAGAUUACUUGAAAAAUGGGACGCUUCCAGAAGACAAGGCUCAGGCACGGAAACUAAAAGUGAAAGCGCUGCAAUAUCAGAUGCACGAUGGUCAACUCUACAGGAAAACCUUUUUAGGUCCGCUCCUAAAAUGCCUAACCCCAGAGGAAGCAAGUUACGUUAUAAGGGAGAUCCACUGGGGAAUAUGCGGCAUCCACGCGGGGCCGAGGAUGGUUAUAGCAAAAGUCAUGAACGCCGGUUAUUUCUGGCCAGGAAUGCACCAAAGCGCGAUAAACGAGCUCCAGUCCUGUGAAGACUGCCAACGCCAUGCUCCCGUAAACCAUCGUGCCAAAAACAACCUCGUACCCGUGACCUCGGCCUGGCCGUUUCAGAAAUGGGGAAUUGACAUCGUAGGUCCUUUCCCUGUCUCCACCGGAGGGGUAAGGUUCCUGCUGGUUGCCAUCGACUAUUUCACUAAAUGGGUCGAAGCUAAACCCCUUCGGACGAUCACGGGAGACCAAGUGCUGAGGUUCGCAUGGGAAAACAUAGUGUGCAGGUUCGGAAUGCCUCUUUGCAUAGUAAGCGACAACGGGAAACAAUUUGCGGAAAAGCCGUUUAAAACAUGGUGUCAAAGAAUGAAGAUAGAACAGUGUUUUGCUUCGGUAGCCCACCCCCAGGCCAACGGGCAGGUGGAAAGAGCUAACCGAAGUAUCGUAGAGGGCAUUAAAAAGCGACUGGGAAAGGAGGGCGUCUCAUGGGCGGAUGAACUCCCACACGUCCUAUGGGCGCACCGUACCAUGCCCAAAACAAGCAACAAAGAAACCCCUUUUAGUUUGACAUACGGAACCGAGGCCGUCAUACCUGCCGAAGUAGGGAUCCCCACUCCGCGCGUACAACAGAGUCAAGAAGAGAAUGAACGAGAGCUCCGUUUGAAUCUUGAUUUAAUCGAGGAAAGGAGAGAGCUCGCAGCGAUCCGGGAAGCUAAGUAUAAAAAAGAGUUGGAAAAACACUACAACUCUAAGGUAAAAGAAGCCCGGUUCAAGGUAGGAGAGUAUGUGAUGCGGAGCAACGAAGCGAGCUUGACGGAAGGAACGGGGAAACUAGCCCCCAAGUGGGAGGGACCUUACCAGAUCAAAACGGCCGGAAAAGACGGGGCGUACACUCUAAGCAAGAUGGAUGGAACCUCCGUCCUGCGUACUUGGAACGGAGUACAUCUGAAGAAAUGCUAUCUUUAG